UCCCAGCAUACGAGUACCAGAAACAUGUGGGCACAAUGUAAGGACAGGGAAUGUUAAAAGUUUGCCAGCGUCGCGAAAAAUUGUUUAUGUUCUGCUUUAAAAGGAGAAAAACAAGUUUGAAUGUGAGGAUAGAAGUGGCACACGGCGGUACACCGAUGCGGAUGCGCUACCACACCUGUCCACCAGCCGUGGGAGGAUGUCGUCACAGUUUGCUGCUGAAUUCUACACGUACGUCUUUGCCCAAUAAUCACGUGCCAUGGAAGCUCAUUAAAUACACUGCCUGUCACCAAGUAAAUGCAUGUACGCAUAUCUCUAUCGAUAUUCGUACCAGAAAUCACAAUCCAGCUAGCUGCCCCGUCUACACAGCUCGGAUCCGAAUUGUUCAGACAGCGAAACGGCGGCAUAGACGAGGGAACACACUCCGUGGCUGCGAGGAAUCAAAUUUCGUAAAUCACAUCAUGGCUAAGGGACACGAAGAACGGGUCAGCGGCUUGGAUUUUCAAAGGCUCAGUGACACCUUCAGUGUUAUUUGCCCCGACUUUCGACAGGGCCAGUCCUCGGAGAAGCUGCAGAGUCUGGACUUUGCCAACAAGGUGCUCUUCGAACUGGGCCCCAAGAUGCGGCAUGUGAAGCUGAGCGGCGAGGACCAGAUGUGGCGUCUCGUUUUCAGUGGCGGCACCAGCGUUUACGUCCACACUUACACAUUUCUGCGGCCGAUCAAUAGCCAGCCCCGCCUCAAGGACGGCAAGCUCUAUCUGACCCUCAAGCAGGCCGGUCUGCUGGCCGCCAGCCAGCUGUGUGCCCUGUUGCCGGCGCAGCAUAAUCCGCGGUACAAGAUUUUGCUGACUCCGCUCUCUCGGGCCGUCUUUGAGCCCCAGAGUAUUCCGAAGAUUGCGGCUGCUUUGAGUGCUCACAGGCGGCGUGUGGUGGAUGUCGGGGAUGUGGUUAGGGCUGUCGUCAGCAGCUGCCAGACGGACGGCUUCCAUUUGCAGCUGAGUGAGUGCCACAUAGCUAUGGUGGCCAUUGGGGCGACUACCAAAGAUCCCAAGGCCCGCAAAAGAAUGCGUUCACAGACGUUGAAGCAAUACACGCAGCGCGGCAAAGCCUUUGUGUCGGAUGAGUACAAGAUCUAUGCAGAGUACUCAAAAAUGACAGGCCAACUUGCAGCUGAAUCACCCAUCGCCCCCAUUCCGAUCCCAGAUGUACGCAAACCACCACGCAGACGGGAUGUGGCCGUUGUAUUGCGCAGCAUUGCCAAGUCCUCGGAUGAUCCGUUGAGUGGCGGCACAGUGGAUAUGAAAUUUGUUGCUGCCCCCAAGGAGAAGGGAGAGGAUGUGACGAGCAUGCCCGCCUCCGUGGAUGUCCGUCUAGAGGGCUUAAGCCUGGAGCGAAUGAGAUCCAACUUGUUAUCCGCUGACAAGUAGUCGCAUUGAUCGAAUUCUGACUACUUCGAUUUUUAAUAUAUUGAACUACAUAUAACUUCUAAAAUGGAUAAUAAAUCAGUAUCUCUGUACCUCAGAGUUUAUUU